CUGAAUAGGAUGUCCACGGAAGAGCGGCACCUCACCUCCAGCUGUGGCUCCUUUAUCAAGACAGAGCCUUCCAGCCCAUCCUCGGGCAUUGAUGCUAUCAGCCACCACAGUCCCAGCGGCUCUUCUGACGCCAGUGGUGGUUAUGGCCUGGCCAUGGGUCAUCCCAAUGGCCUGGACUCACCUCCCAUGUUCAAUGGCACAGGCCUGGGUGGCACUCCCUGCCGCAAGCGCUACGAUGACUGUGCCAGUGCCAUCAUGGAAGACUCACCCACCAAGUGCGAGUAUAUGCUAAAUGCCAUCCCCAAGAGGCUCUGCCUGGUGUGCGGGGACAUAGCUUCUGGGUACCACUAUGGAGUAGCUUCCUGUGAAGCCUGCAAAGCUUUCUUCAAGAGGACAAUUCAAGGGAACAUUGAAUACAGCUGCCCGGCCACAAAUGAAUGUGAAAUCACAAAACGGAGACGCAAAUCCUGCCAGGCGUGUCGCUUCAUGAAAUGUCUCAAAGUGGGGAUGCUGAAGGAAGGUAAGAGGCUAGGGGAGUUUGACCAGGCUCUUGUGUUUUGGCUUUCUUGCUCUUCUAAACCAGGGUUCUCAAACCUCUCCCUGGGAGACCAGAUGAGCCUGCUGCAGAGUGCCUGGAUGGAGAUCCUCAUCCUGGGCAUUGUGUACCGCUCCUUACCUUAUGAUGACAAAUUGGUGUACGCCGAAGACUACAUCAUGGAUGAGGAGCACUCCCGCCUCACGGGACUGCUAGAGCUCUACUUGGCCAUCCUGCAGUUGGUACGCAGGUACAAGAAGCUCAAGGUAGAGAAAGAAGAGUUUGUGACCCUCAAGGCCCUCGCCCUCGCCAACUCAGAUUCCAUGCAUAUAGAAGACAUGGACGCCGUGCAAAAGCUUCAAGACCUGCUCCAUGAGGCCCUUCAGGACUACGAGCUGAGCCAGCGCCACGAGGAGCCUCGAAGGGCAGGCAAGCUGCUGCUGACCUUGCCCCUGCUACGGCAGACGGCAGCCAAGGCCGUCCAGCACUUCUACAGCAUAAAACUGCAGGGCAAGGUGCCCAUGCACAAACUCUUCCUAGAAAUGCUGGAGGCAAAGGUCUGA